ACCUUUCAUCCGCUUGGCGGCGCAUUUGCAUCUCUCUUUCUGCGUUGCUCGUACGCAACCUUCCCCUUCCCCGGUCGGCCAGACGGCCAGUCCCCCUUCGCCCGACCGGCCAAACCCACCAAUCCCUGUUCAACAUUCUACCAGCUGUUGCGGGCGGGGAGAUCGGCAGCAUUCGUGCUCCUUGCGGGCUGCCUGCAAAUUUGCUUCCUAGGGUUUGGUCGGUGGACUGUCGGCUCCGCAGGAUCCCCGAAUUGCAUCCGCCUGCUUCCGCGCCGAGGGCAAUGGCGGGAAGGCAUACCAUCAUUCUCAUGCAACCAUCGCUGAACAGAGCUACGAGGACAUUUAUGGACUUUGAUUCAGUUAACCACGCACUGGAUGGAAUCUGUGGUCUCUAUGAAAGGAAAAUAAGGAACAUCAACCCGAUGGUGAGGAACUUGACUUAUGACAUCAGCGACCUGUACAAUUUCAUCGAUGGCCUGACCGACAUAAGUGCACUGGUGUACGACGAUUCCCUUCACGCCUUCCUACCAUAUGACCGCCAGUGGAUAAAACAGAAGCUGUUUCAGCACCUGAAGAGGCUAGCGGAGCAGUAGAGCAUGGUCGCUGCUGGUUUUCGGCACGCCCGUGUCGAGGAUGAACGUGCCCAGCUGCCGGUUCAGGCUGGUUCGAAGUUCCUGGCAUGUUGUGUAAAGGUCUAUCUGGUGCCCUGGCGGUGUAGUGUUUGACGUGAACCAUGUGGUUUGCAUGGCGGUCACGCGUUGUAUUGUGAACGGCUGAACAAUGCAGCUUCCAGAUGACCGUCUCGUUAUUUCUCAGUUC